AACCUCUGGCGGCUUGGCCUAUAUCCGGUAGGGUCAGUGGACGAGGCGGUGCGGACCCGGCGUUGUCUAUUGAGCUUUUCCAGGACUGAGCAGACAUGGCGGCGGCUUUUCGGAAAGCGGCUAAGUCGCGGCAGCGGGAACACAGAGAGCGAAGCCAGCCCAGCUUUCGAAAACAUCUGGGCCUGCUGGAGAAAAAGAAAGAUUACAAACUUCGUGCAGAUGACUACCGGAAAAAGCAAAAAUACCUUAGAGCUCUCCGGAAGAAGGCUCUUGAAAAAAAUCCAGAUGAAUUCUACUAUAAAAUGACUCGGGUUAAACUCCAGGAUGGAGUUCAUGUGAUUAAGGAGACUAAGGAAGAAGUAACUCCAGAACAGCUGAAACUAAUGAGAACUCAGGAUGUCAAAUAUGUAGAAAUGAAAAGGGUUGCAGAAGCUAAGAAAAUUGAAAGACUAAAAUCAGAGCUCCAUCUGCUGGAUUUCCAGGGGAAGCAACAGAAGAAGCAUGUGUUUUUUUUUGACACCAAAAAGGAAGUCGAACAGUUUGAUAUUGCAACUCACCUGCGAACAGCUCCAGAACUAGUCGACAGAGUCUUUAACAGACCUACGAUAGAGACCUUGCAGAAGGAGAAAGUGAAAGGAGUUAACAAUCAGACUCGACUUAAGCAAAUAGCGAAAGAGAGGCAAAAGCAGUAUAACUGCCUGACACAGCGGAUUGAGCGCGAGAAGAAAUUGUUUGUUAUUGCACAGAAAAUUCAGACUCGCAAAGAUCUUCUGGAUAAAACUCAGAAGGUGAAGGUGAAGAAAGAAACAGUCAACUCCCCAGCUAUUUACAAAUUUGAGAGUCGUCGAAAACGUUGAAGUGUUAAAGAUAAGCCUGUCAUUCCACGUGGAAGAGUUUAUGUUUUUUUUCCAGUAACUUCAGAUUCCACUCUUCUAAGUGACUUGGUUUUCCUGUUUAUAACCAUAAUUUAUUAUAGAUCUGACAUUUGAUGUGAACAGUGUUAAAGCCCCUUCCCCCGUCUAAAUUGUUUGUGGGUUGUUGAAUUGUUGAAAUCAGUCUUUUUUUUUUGGCCGCUGCGCGAAGCCUGCAGGAUCCCAGGUCCCCGACCAGGGAUCAAACCCAGGCCCAAGGCAGUGAAAGCGCCAGGUCCCAGUCACUGGACCACCAAGGAAUUCCCUGAAAUCAGUCUUAUUUUUAUAUACUUUCAUGUUUUUUCAUUAUAAAAGUUACAUAAUCUUUUAUAUAGCAAAUUUGGAAAACACGUGAGUUCAUCUCUAAUCCCAAUACUUAUUCAAGAACGACAGAUAGCUGUUGCAUGCUUAACUAUGCUGGGAGGUUAGGGAAAUGGAGGUGAACGACUAUCAAGAGCAUUCUGGUUGAGUUCCUCCAUUCUGUAGAGGUUGGCACUGGUUUUUGUGUUUUGUAGUUGUAAUUAAACACCUUUAUGGCCUACUUUUUUCACUUACUGUUAAAUCAUUAGCUCUUUUCCAUUUUGUUACAUCAUUAAAUUUUUAAAAGUAAUAUAUGCUCAUAGUAAAAAUUAAAGUAAAUAUUUCUAA